AUGGACGAAAUAGGAGAAUCCUCAGCUUCAGCCAAACCCUCAGAUGAAAUCUGGGCCAAGCUUGUUCAGUUAGACUCGAGAUACUCAGAUAUUGAGAUAAGGAACUCUGAUCUAUGUUCUGCUACUAUAGAAAAUAAGAGUUCAAAUACAAUACUAGUUGACGGGGCUGAGUUGCGCAAUGGUGACAAUGUUGUUAUCAAAGAUGGAAGUGAAAUAAUCUCAGGCCCUGAUAGAGAAGGAUUUGUCAACUACAGAUUCCAAAUCACGUCUAGCCCAAAAACCUGCCAGAAUCUGCUAAAGAUAACUAUAGAUGUUGAUCAUGCAAAGUGUAGUAUUUGCUUAAACCUAUGGCAUGAUGUCGUGACUGUUGCUCCAUGCCUUCAUAAUUUUUGCAAUGGUUGCUUCUCACAAUGGUUAAGGAGAUCGCAGGAAAAUCAUUCGACUGUACUUUGUCCUCAAUGUAGAGCAGUUAUUCAUCUCGCUGGAAAAAAUCACUUUUUGCGCACCAUUGCAGAGGAUAUGGUGAGAGCUGAUUCUUCCCUAAGACGCUCACUGGACGAAACCACGGUUUUAGAUACAUAUGCAUAUGUACGAUCAAACCUUCUCAUUGGAUAUGUAAAGAAUGGUCGAAAGAGGGCCAACACAACAAUGAUUGAUCAAAACGAUGGCACAGAUCAUCAUUGCCCACAGUGUGUUGCUGAUGUUGGUGGGUUUCGAUGCAACCGCAACACUAUUCAUCUCCAAUGUCAAGCAUGUGGAGGAAUGAUGCCUUCUCGUAACGGCCUUCGUGUUCCUCAAUAUUGCUUAGGAUGUGACAGACCAUUUUGCGGAGCUUACUGGAAUGAUCAAGGGGUAACCAGGAGUAGCUCAUACCCUGUGUGUUCCCGGGAUAUUUUAAAACCUGUAUGGACUACUUUGUUUAUAAUAAUUAUUAAUGUUAACAACGUUACGAAAGUUGCUUGCUGGAGAGUUCUUAUAUUUCUGUGUAAUUAUCGUGCCCUUGCAUGGUGGAUGAUUUUGUCGAUUAUCUUUGCAGAUCUCAGAACACACUAUCACAGGAAUUCCUUCGUAACCCAUGAAAAGAAUCUGCACGAACAGAGUAUCACUGAAAGUUGCAUAAGAUUAAUGGGGAGGACAUUGCAGGAUGUAAUAUCAGAAUGGAUAAUAAAACUGAAUAACAAUGAAAUUGAUACAACACGAAUGAUUGCUGAAUCACGCAGAGAUGAUGACAGCUGGGACUUUAGUAUGCCGGAAGCAUCGGCAAGAGAAGAUUGCUGGUAUGGAUACGCAUGUCGGACACAGCACCGUAGCGAAGAGCAUGCUCAGAAAAGGAAUCAUGUUUGCCGUCCAACCAGAGGUGCUUUCUGA